CCAUUUCCAUAGCCCCACCAAAAAUAUUUUCCACCAGCCGCCACUGACGAAAGGUGAUUUAUCCAAAUGUCUCUUUUAUCUGCCCAAUAGAAAGAGAAGAUAUUCAUCAUCAUAAAUCAAAUAGUUACUGUGUGAAUUCAUUAUGGAUUGAUUGUUUUAUCUCUCCAUAACACGCUAAACAUCACCAUAUUAGCUGUUUCCAUUUUAAAAUGUUUAUGACUAUGAUUUGGAAUAAAACCAAACUGUCCUGGAGCUGAUGGAGGACAAAGGAAACCAAAACGAUCCGUCAUUAGCUUCAAUAACAGGAUUCUCACUUGUCUUUUCAAAGGUUUGCUAAAAUUGAGAUCAGCGCGUCCAAGCCCAUCAUUCCCUUCAGAGAAACAGUGGUGCGGCCCCCGAAAGUGGACAUGGUGAAUGAAGAGCUGGGCCAUCAGCACAAAGUGGCCAUCCACCGGGUGAAAGAAGAGGCCUCUCAUGGACGUUCCUCUGACACGCUCAAUGUGGACCCCAGUGGUCUGGUGACCCUCACCACCCCCAACCGGCUGGCCUCCGUCUGCGUGCGGGCCGCCCCCCUGCCCCAGGAUGUGACGUCUCUGUUGGAGAGCAGGACGGAGCUCAUCCGCACUCUGGAGCAGGUGAACAUGUCCCUGAGAGAGGGGAGGAGUGUGGACGUCAGCCCCCAGACUCUGGAGGCCAUCGCUGGGUUCAAAGCCCAGCUGGAGAGCCUGCUGCAGGGCCGGAGGUGGAGGAGCGCUGUGGAGCACAUCUGGGCCUUCGGACCCCGCAGAUAUGGUCCCAACAUCCUGCUGAACAGUGUGGAGGGCUACCAGCGGCCCUCUGUGUGGCAGUGUCUGUGUCUGGGCGGCCCCCCUGAGGCCAAAGCUCAGACCGCCUUCACUCGAGAUUUAGACAACAGCAUCGUCAGCGGCUUCCAACUCGCAACCCUGUCAGGGCCCAUGUGCGAGGAGCCGCUGAUGGGGGUCUGCUUCUCCCUGGAGAGGUGGGACGUCCAGUCCUCUGCCCCCCCACUACAUCAGGACUCCGUGGAGGAGGCCUCCGUAUCCCAUGAGGCUCCAGCUGACUGUAAAGUGGAGGGGAGCAGUAAGACCCCCGCCAAGACGGAGGGCCCGGUGUCAGGGCCCAGCCAGGCCAGGCGCAGAGCGGAGGCCCCCCCCCCCGCCUGUUACGGGCCGGUUUCCGGUCAGCUGAUCGCCGCCAUGAAGGAAGCGUGCCGCCACGCCUUCCAGGCCCAGCCGCAGAGACUCAUGGCCGCCAUGUACACCUGUGAGAUCAUGGCCACCGCCGAGGUGCUGGGCAGGGUGUACGGGGUGCUGGGGAAGCGUGAGGGCCGGGUCCUGCAUGAGGAGAUGAAGGAGGGGACUGACAUGUUCCUCAUCAAGGCCGUGCUGCCCGUCGCUGAGAGCUUCGGAUUCGCUGACGAGAUCCGCAAGAGGACCAGCGGAUUGGCCAGCCCACAGCUGGUCUUCAGCCACUGGGAG